CAAAACUAGAAGACGACACCCAAAUCGGAGCAGAAUGCACGGUCGUCCGAGGAAGGCGGCUUCGAAGCCAGCAGAGGAAGCAUCAAAAGACGACACCCUUAAGCUUCGGUCGCUCCAGUCCCAGUUCAUGUCCAACCACCAUCAAAAGAUUUACACGCAGGAAGCAAUUCAAUUAAGCGCGAAACUUCUAGAAAACAAUCCGGAGGCCUACACGGCUUGGAACUAUCGGAAGCUCGCCGUCGAGGAUAACCUUUCUCGAAUCGACGACUCUGAUCCAAGCUUGGUCAACUCAAUUCUCAAUGAAGAACUUGAAGUCGUAGCAAAAACCCUCCGGAAAAAUCUCAAGUCCUAUGGGGCUUGGUAUCAUCGAAAGUGGGUUUUGAGUAAAGGGCAUUCCUCCUUUGAAAAAGAACUGCAACUUUUGAAUAAUUAUCAAACGCUCGAUCUCAGGAACUUUCACGCUUGGAACUAUCGCAGCUUUGUUGUGGAGCUAACCAAGACGUCAGAACAGGAUGAGUUGCAGUAUACAACUGAUAUGAUUAAUGAUAGUUUCAGCAAUUAUUCUGCGUGGCACAAUCGUAGUCUACUUCUUUCAAGUUUAGUCGCAAAAAUGGCUGAUGGAUUUAUGCCAAAGGAAACGAUUCGUCGUGAAUUUGAUUAUGUUCAUAAUGCUAUUUUUACGGACGAAGGUGACCAAAGUGCUUGGUUUUAUUAUCUUUGGCUUCUUGACCAGACUGUUAAAUUGGAGACUCCUCUUCGCACUUCCUCGUGGCCUUCAAAUGGUUCCAUUAUCAUUCUAUCUGGACCUGGCUGCUUCACUGGCUCUUCUUCUAAGUUCACUACUUUCUGCUCCGAGUCUGGUUCCUUUCCACUGAUUCUUUACUUUGACCAAGCCGUCAGUGGAGUAAACUCGUCUACUGUUACUGUUGAUUCUGAACUAAAAGGACAUGAGGACCUUGUUUGGGAACCCGUUUCAGAUAAUAACUCUCAAGUGUUUUCUUGUGUAUGGGUUGCUCGUCUGGAAUUUGACAGUACAGAACCUUGCUCUCGCACGGAAAACAAAGUGAAGGUCAGCCUUGGGAAGUCUCCAGGAAUUGUUUCUUCCAGGGGAUGUAACAUCAGCACUCCUUAUGAGUUUAUAUUUACAGUGCACAUUCAUGACACUGUCGGAGUGUCACAAGAAGGCAUUGUUUCAUGGACGGGGGGUGGUUUUGACAAUUGGGAUGCACAGUCGAAGGAUUUGAAUUCUCUUAUCUCCUUGAAUCAUUUAAAUGCUGAUACGGGUUUUGAGUGGCGUAAGAAAACUAUAAAGAUGGAGAUUGAAUGUUUUCGUGAUUUGCCUGACAGCAAAUUUGGAAAGCUCAUUCUUGCAAGGCUUUUAAUGGCUGAGGAAACUCUGAUAUCGGAUGAUGCUGGUAAGGGUAUCCAUUAUAAAGAAAUCCUCCAGCUGUAUAACGAUUUGAUGGCCCUUGAUUCUUCGCAUGACCAGUACUACAAGGAUGAGCUCAGUGUAGCUCUUCUCCACAAGGUGACUUCAAGCACCGAAUCCCUGUCCAGACACCUCUUUCGGUACAGGAAUAUGAACAAUAUUGUAUGUCUAAGGCUCAAUAACUUAACACUAUCUCGGAUGGCCGCUGUCGAGAAGUUGCUAUUUGUCCAAAUGUUAGAUCUCAGUCACAAUGAGCUUCAUUCAGCUGAUGGAUUGGAGACGAUGCAGCUUCUCUGUUGCCUAAAUUUGAGUCACAAUAGAAUCAGGAGCUUUUCAGCGCUUGGCUCUCUAAGACUUCUGAAGCAGCUUAGUGUGUUGGAUGUUUCACAUAACAACAUUGCUGGCAAGCACCCAGUGGACACAACAAGGUACCUUUGCUCUUCUCCGCUCUCUAAUUCGGAUGAAACUGGAAGAGAGGUGCCUAGUAAAUACUGGGAUGCGUAUUUGGUGCUUGGGGAUUUAAUGAAACUGAAGCAGUUAGAUAUAAGAGGCAACGACCUAAUUGCAGGGGAAGAGUUCAGCUCCUUAGUCCGCCAGGUUGUGCCAAAGCUUGUAUGGCUCGAUGGCCACAAACUUGCAAGUUAAAUUUAGGCCAGUUCUUUUUUACUUAAAUCUUUUGUUUUUGGUUUAGACCUGACUAAAUAUAUUAAAUUAUAGAACUCGUGUGGUUAAGUUUGAUCUAAAGUAGUCCGGGUUUGAUUUGGUUUGA